AUGGCUGUCUUAGGCAAACGCAAGGCAGAUGCCGAGCCCACGAUCUCCGAAGAAGAUGCUGCUGCGAUCUUCCGUCGACAUUUCGAGGCGCAAUUCGCACCACUGCCAGACGCAGAAGAAUCAAACUCCAACUCCAAGAAGACGAAACAACAGGGAGAUGCCGACGAUGCCGAGAGCGACGACAGCGAUAGAAAUAACAACGUGGAUGAGGAGGAUGAGGAUGACGAAGAAUGGGGUGGGCUCUCUGGCGACGAUUCAAGUGAAGAGGAAGAGAAAGAGGUUACUGUGGUAGAGGUUGUAGACCACUCCAGCAAGCAACCUUCCAACAUAGCGACGAUGUCAAAACGAGAGUUAAAGGCGUUCAUGUCGUCACGCCCUCCGGACCAAACGAUGCCCAAAUCCGAACCGGAGUCAUCAGCAACUCAAUCCUCCUCUAAAGAAGUCCCCGAAGAUGCGCCAUCUCUGCUCGCCCAAGAUUUAGAGCUCCGCCGAUUACUAGCCGAAUCUCAUCUACUCGCUCCUAAACUUUCAGCCUCUGGCACUACGAUUGCGCCCAAGGCGUUUGCCGCUGGUCGCACUCGUCAGAAGACGACAGACAUGCGUGUCCAGGCCUUGGGGUCCAAUGUGUCGAUUCAUAAGCAGGAGAAGAUGCCUAUGAAUAUGCGCAAGGGGAUUGUGGCUGCGGCGGAUGCACGCGAGACGAAACGUAGAAGAGAGGCCAAGGAGAAUGGAGUGAUUCUUGAGCGAGAAACUGGCAAGAAGAAGGGACGUAGAGACCGCGGACGAGAUAUUGCAGUCGACCGACCUGGAGUGGGCAGACUCAGAGGAGCAGAGUUACGCUUGAGUGACAAUGACAUUAGAGGCAUAGAAGGAGGGCGAGAUGCAUUUGGCAGAAGGGGACGACGCUGA